AUGAACUCUCUGAUAACAAAUUUAUUUAGGUUUCAGACGAGAUUUGCGUCUUCUAGAGCGUCGCUGACAGCUCCAUCUAUAAUAUCUACAAUUCCAAGCAGCACUCCUGUUAUCAACCACUGCCCGGAACAAGCACAAUUGAGAAGAAGACUGCCCGAAAGAUGCGGUGCAAUUACAGUGAAAAGAGGUAUGAUUCCAGUUUUUGACGAAGCCACCGGAAAAAGAGUCGCUGCAACAGUUCUAGAGCUCAGUAAUGUCGAAGUUCUUAUGAACAGAACAGUUCAGGACAACGGAUAUUUUGCGUGCCAAGUCGGAUUCGGUGACAAACGCCCCGACAAGGUGUCAAGGCAAAUGCUGGGUCACUUUGCCUCCAAGAUCGUCAAUCCUAAGGAAAAAGUCGUGGAGUUUCGUGUAAAGACCGAAUCUGGCCUUUUACCACCGGGGACCGUUAUAAAGCCCUCUUUCUUCCAAGAAGGUCAAUAUGUGGAUCUGAGAUCCAUAAGUAAAGGCAAAGGUUUUGUCGGUGUCAUGAAACGUUACAACUUCAAAGGUCUCAAGGCUUCCCAUGGUGUGUCUGUAUCUCACAGACACGGUGGUUCCUAUGGUCAGAACCAGACGCCCGGUCGUGUUCUGCCUGGUAAGAAAAUGCCGGGACACAUGGGUGCUGAACAGGUAACAAUCCAGAACUCUCAAGUUUUAAAGGUUGAUGACGAGAACCGUGUUGUUAUAGUGAAAGGCUCGGUAGCGGGUCCUAAUGGAUCCUACGUUAGAAUUCAGGAUGCUAUUAAAAAGGCUCCAAAAUUUUAA